CCAGGAAGACAAAAGCUUAAUACCAUGCUCAAUGGUCAUCCUGAGGUCAUUCCUUAUUUUGCUAAUAAUGCAAAUAAUCAGCUCUUCUUCCUUUUACUCUGCUCAAAUAGCCAUAUUGAUAGAGCUGAGCAUGUAGCAACAACCAUUCAGCAAGAAAUAGUAGUCCAGUCUGUUGAUUUACCUCAAUCAUUUUCAAGACAAGUAUCCGAUUCAAAGUUUGCAUCAUUUCAAACUAGCCUUGCUAAAAAAUAUUCCUUUUCUGCCACUGUUCAUCAAAACAAACUUACAUUAGUCAGUACUCGUAGCAGUAUAGCUGACGUUAGUAGAGAAUUUUAUACAUUUGUUACUGAAGCUUGCUCUGUCACUGAUGUAAUUCAUUUUAAAAAGGGAGUUUGGCGCCUGGUGUAUUCAACAUCAAUGGAGAAGAAGUGGACCGAUCUUGUUGAAGAUAUGAAAAAGAAAGGUGUUACAAUUGUGUCUUCUUCAAAACCAACAGCCCACAAACCAUUCAUUAAGAUUAAAGGAGAAGUGCAUAAUUUGGAGUUUGCAAAAGAAGAAAUUUUGGAGUUCCAAGCUGCUGUGAAAGAGCGACAGGUAACAAUCUCUCGUCCAGGAAUGGGUAAAUAUUUUUUGAGUAAUCCUCAAGGUCAAACCAUGCUGAAAGGUAUAGAAUCUGAAGCUCAUGUUUGUAUAGAAGUUGAAAUUAGUAAUAAAAAUUGUGGGGAUCAUGAGCCUUCCAUGACAGCUGGUCAAAGUUUUAAGAAUAUUGGUUUUGGAAGUACUGCCGAGAUGAAGAGGGUUAAUGUGAUAGUUGGUGAUAUCACAGAGUUUGAUAGAGCUGAUGUUAUUGUUAAUGCUGCUAAUGGCCAACUAGUUCAUGGCACUGGCAUAGCUGCUGCUAUUGUAAAAAAGAGCGGUCCAGCAAUCGAAGAAGAUUCAAGAAGGCAUAUUGAUAAGAAUGGAAGUCUUUCUGAUGGAAAAGCUGUUCUUUUUCUAAGAGCUGGUAACCUACCUUAUAAAGCAAUAGUUCAUGCAGUGGGCCCAAUAUGGAAUAGAUUUGGAGACAAUGCAAGAGAGACAGCAUUAUUAAAGAAGGCUGUGCGCCAAAGUCUUGAGAAAUCCACAAGCUAUGCCUCAAUAGCUAUCCCAGCAAUAAGCAGUGGUAUGUUUGGUUUCCCAGUUGAUGUGUGUGCAGAUACUAUUCUAAAAGCUAUUGUUGAGUUUAGUGCUGCUGACCAUGGCUCACAGCUUAAUGAUAUCAAUAUAGUUAUUUUUGAAGAUAAUGUCAACGAGUUUUUAAAAGCAGCUGAGAGAGAAUUAAAAGGUUUCCAGUCUCAAACUUCAUUGUCUUCCUCAUCAGCUGCAGUUCCUUCAAUUCAAACUGCAUCGACUCCUCUAGGCAACAGUAGUGCAGACAAUGAAAAACGUCGUAAAAUUAGAGGAUCAACUACACCAACCACAUCGACUGCUUCAACUACAACAUCAACCAAAGCUUCUUGGUCUACUCCAACAGGAUUUGUACCUCCAGUUAAAAUAACCAAUGGAAGUAUUAUACAAUAUCAGGAAGAAGCGAUUGUGAAUACUACAGACACUGAUCUUGGGUUUGGAGGGUUCGUGGCUAAGGAAAUAUUGAAAAAAGCUGGUUCUGGUCUGGAGCAGGAAUGUUCUGAGUUUAAGCCAGUUGGUGUUGGUAGUGUAACUGUUACUGGUGGACACAACCUGAAAUCAAAACAUGUUCUUCAUGUUGUAUUGCCUGGAUAUGAUGGACCUAGUGGAAAUGCUGAAAUGGUAUUAAAACAAGUUGUAAACAAGUGUCUAGAAGAAUGUACUCGUCUUAAACUCAAGAGUUUGUCAAUGCCUUCUAUUGGAGCUGGUAAUCUGAGGUAUCCAACUGAUGUUGUGGCUAGAGUAUUAAUGGAAGAAACAGCAUCAUUCUUUCAAAAGAAUCAGGGGAAAACAUCUCUUCAGUUGGUUCACUUUGUCAUAUUUGAUCAGAAGAUUUAUAAUGCGUUUCAAAUAGUUUAUGAAAAUUUGAACUCUUCCACCAGUACCAAUGUUCCUAAAUCUGUCACACCCCCUUCGCAUCACAAUGGUACAUCAUCUUUUGGUUCACAGAUAAAAGUACGAGCUUCUAGUCAAUCAACUUGCUCUUUCCCUCUUCCUCAUGGUCUUAGCCUGGAGUUGCUGCAAGGUGACAUAUCAGAUGAUGAUUCUGAUGCUAUUGUCAAUACAACUCAAGAAAAUUUAAAACUAGUUGGUGGUGGUGUGUCAGGUGCAUUACUAAAGAAAGGUGGUCAGGCAUUACAACAUGCCUGUGAUAGUGCCGUUGCUAAAGGUAAAACAGCAAAAGAGGGUAAGGUUGUUUUUACUAAAGCUACUGGUAGUCUGAAGUGUAAAGAAGUGUUUCAUAUUGCUUUUCAUGGUGGAAGGAAUUUAAAUAAAACUGUUUUUGCAUGCUUAGAGCUAGCAGAAAGAAAAAGGUUUUCUUCAAUAUCCUUUCCAGCAAUUGGCACCGGAACUUUCAAUUAUCCAGCUACCGAUGCUGCCAAAGCAAUUGUUGAUGCAUUGCAAAAGUUCAUUUCUUCUAAGCCAAAACAUGUCCAAGUUAUACGAAUGGUUGUAUUUCAAGCUCAAGUUUAUAAAGAUUUUGUUGGUGCUUUCAAUAAAAUUGGAGAUUCCAGUGGUGGCUUAAUGAGUUACAUAUAUAAUGGUAUGAAAGCUGCAGUUAAAUCCUUUUUUGUCGCUAGUAAUGAUAGCAGUGAUGAUGAAGAUGCUGAUAAAAUGGAAGCAGAACCAAUUAAAAAUCCUAAUAUCGAAGAUGAAGAAUUUGAAGAUCUUGGGGAAGAUGAAGUUGUUAGAUUAAUGCUUGCCAAUCUCUCUUUGGAUUCAGAAGUGACACUUCAUAUUUACGGUGAGACAGAUUCAUCAGUUGGACGAGCGGAAAAAAAAUUACAGUCCACAAUUGAUACAACAUCUCAUACUGAAGAUAUUGAUAAUCCUAGUAUUGCUGCUUUCUCUGAUGAAGUUGUGCAUGAGCUCAAGUCAUUUGCUAGUGAUCAAAAUGUUGAUAUUGAAAUUGAUCGAGAUCCCAUCCUUCAUUCAGUCCAUCUUGAGGGAUUAUUUCAAGAUGUUAUGCUUGUUAAAGAUAAAAUUCGUGAUGCAAUGUCUUCUAUAACUCAAGAGCGAUCGAAUAAAGCUGCUGCUGCCUUAGUUUCUAAAACUGUCUGUUGGGUAAGGAUUAAUCCAGAUGAUGAAGAGGAAGAAGAGUAUGGUGAAUUGCUAAAUUUUGAAAUUGAGCAAGCGUUUCAAAACAAAAAAAGUUUUUUUGAUGCCACAGAUGAAAAUUUUAUUAUAAAUUUUGGGAAAAUGAAGGAAACAGAUAAAGUAACUGAUAAAACUGCAAUUGUAAAGCGUUUAGAUCUCACAAAAUCGCAAGAGCAACCUGAUGAUUGGGACCCAAUGCCUCUUGACUCUCAAGGAAAAGAAAAACGAUUUCAUUUUGUUACACUGCAAGCUACUAGUCCUGAAUACAGAAAUGCUGAGACAGCUUUCAAUGAAACGAUGACUGGAAGUUAUACUAAGAUUCUUAGCAUCCAAAGGCUACAGAACCCAGCCUUGUACAAGCAGUAUGCAGUUAGGAAGAAAGAAAUGGAAAAACACAAUCCUAAGGGCCAUCAAAAUGAACGACUGCUCUGGCAUGGUACCAGUCCUGAUACACUGGAUAAGAUUAACACACGUGGUUUUGAUCGUAACUUUGCAGGGAAAAAUGCUACAUAUUAUGGUAAAGGAGUGUAUUUUGCUCGUGAUGCAUCAUACUCUCACAGAUACACAUCACCUGAUGCUAAUGGUGUUCGUAACAUGUACUAUACUCUUGUUCUUACUGGUGAAUUCACUCGUGGUGAUGGUACAAUGUUAGCUCCUCCUCCAAAGAAUCCUCAACUUGAUCCUAAUGUUACUUUUGAUGCUACUGUUGAUAAUGUUGGCAAUCCAUCAAUUUUUGUAGUUUACCAAGAUGCUCAAAAUUAUCCAGCAUACAUGGUUAACUAUCAAUGAAUUUACAAACUUAGACUGUGCAUUAGUUUAGGCCUGUAGCUUUAUUUUCUGUUACAUUUAUUAUUAUUUCUGCUUUUGUAUUGAUUAUUAGAUCUAGAUCUACUAUAGCUUUCGUUGUUUUAUGCCUUUUUUGAAAAUAAUUUAUUUUCUCUAUUCUAUCUUUUCUCUUAGAAGUUAUGAUCUAAA